AUGGACUGCCUUCAAAUUGUGGAGUAUCUACAAUCACGCGGUCGCUGGCUAAAACCUCCUGGGGACAAAAGACAGUGGCCAAAGAAGAUAGCUGGCCCUGGCACGUAAGUUGGCAGAGAAGUGACCGCAUGGAAAAAAAUUUGUUUGACUUCUAACAAGGACCCUGUUCCCAAAGGCAUCAGAAUACUCCUCCAAAAUAAGCAGACGAUGGACUAUUGCGGUGCCCUAGCAAGCUCAACUUGCUUAAUUGAUCACGAAUAUAUGUGUUACUCCCAAACAUAAACCAAGUCCUUAUUUCCGAAAGUCGCGAAACAGUCGGUACUAUUGAGAAUUUAAUUAUUUUAGAACGUUAUCUCUGCGAAUUCCAAAUUGUACAAAAGCGAAUUACAAGGAGAAGAAUGCCAAAACUGUCAUAGUGGCCUCGAGAAAUAUUACAAAAUUAAGUCUGAAACCCAAAAUAGUGACGCUGCAAUGACUGUUUCUAUUUCAUCAGGUUGGGCUUUACUAUUCCGCAUUUGGUGCAUAUCCAUUUUGCGGAGGAACUCUCAUCUCGCCUACGUGGGUUGUAACCGCCGCUCACUGUCUCCUCAUGGCCCUCCAAUGCAAGAAUGUUACACUUGGCCGACGCUUUUCGUUUGAACAAGAGACAGGCCAAACUAUGACUGUCCUUAUAGGGGCUCAUAACUUCGAAAAGACGGAUGGACCAGGGUACAAUGUUCGGGUAAAGCACGCGAUCAUUCAUCCGGAUUUCCCAGUGGAUGGAGUCACAAAGGGCCUCGACAUCGCACUUCUAAAGCUAAAUCGUGCAGUUAAUCGAUGUAGGUUUAUACAUCAGUACGCUUAUUUCCUGCGCCCUAAUUUUCUCCAAAAUAAAUUGAUGCACUCGAUUCUUAUUACUGGUAUCUGGCAUGAAAUAUAUCCACUGUUAAGGCGUUUUUAAAACUGUUUGCUUUGACAUAGGAACCCAACUGAUAAAGUCUUUAAAAGCUUCAUGCGUCGAGGAGCUCCACCGCAUUGAAAUGAAACACGUAGUCGCAAAUCAUAUUUUGUCAAGGUGUGCUGCACCGCCCAGUAGAUCUUUGCCCAUUGGCAAAUUAGUAUAUCAGCAUGAACCAGAAUGACAUAAUCUUGUGCUAAGGGGCGAAUAAGAUUGCUGCUCUAUGCUGCAUCAUGUGCAGGGAAGACAGGAUGUAAAAUAGCUAAGUACUAAUGGACGACGCAUUCCCCACAGGUUGCAUUUGGGUGACUAACUGCAGGGCCAUUCGACAAAUUUCAGGCAAAACUACGACCUUCGUUUUCAAACGAUCUUUUGCUAAGAUACUGGUGGAAUUUUCGAUACUGUUGAAACUUUUAUAUCGCCAAUUUAUGAAUCUUAAUAUGUACUCGAGUUUCCUGAGUCCAGCAGUAUAUCUGAGGUCGUGCCCCUUGAACGUCGUCCAAUGUUUUUGUAGCGAUCCUUUAAAGCGCAUGUUGUAAUGAUGUCCGUAUUUAAACCGUCCGAUUUUAAAAUAAUCGUUUUUCUUGCAAAGCACACCAUGCGUCAUUUGCAUGCCUGCCCGAAGAUGGAGAAAAAUUCAAUGCUGCAAACCCUUGCUAUGUUGCCGGCUGGGGACUGAUUCCUAAUCUUCAUGGCAAACCUUCCCAAAAGCAGCCAGAGGUGCUGAUGGAAAAACCGGCAACAAUCACAGAUAUAUCGCUCUGCGAUCGGGUCUUCAAGUCAAUUAACAAAAAAGUCCUCAUUUGUACAAAGCAAGGACCUGUGGUAGGAAGUAAUUUUACAUUAUACAUUGGUCACAUAGAACAAAAUGUAUCCCAUGUCUUUUGCAAAUUUAGACUUCUUGCGUCGGCGACAGUGGAGGUGGAUUGCACUGCCAGGCAAAGGAUGGCAGGUGGACAGUCUAUGGUGUGGCCUCCUUCGCGCUCCCUGACUGCAGAGGAGAAUACUACGUGGCUGCAUCAACUGGUCAUGCCAUCAAAUGGAUCAAGGACACAAUUGCAAGCGCCAAUUAG